AUGGGCUUAAGGCAUGAUCUUUGGCCAGAUGAUAAUGGAAGAUAUCACCUUGCUUUGUUUUCACUGACUCGCGAUACCAAAAAGUUAUUUUUGGAAACUUUGAAGACUAUUACAGUGCUAGAUGGUUACUCAAGUAACAUUUCCAGAUGUAUUGAUGAGAAACUUAACAAAAUAUCUGGGUUGAAAAGUCACGAUUGCCAUAUUAUUAUGGAACAAUUGCUACCACUAGCAAUUCGUAACUUGUUGCCAGACCAUGUGACUUCUGUCUUAGUGGAGUUUUGUUCUUUUUUUAGAAUGCUUUGUGGUAAAGGCUUAAAUAUUCCAGAACUUCAAUUGCUCCAAGAUCGCGUUGUGGUUACACUAUGCCACUUAGAAAUGUUAUUCCCUCUGUCAUUUUUCACAGUUAUGGUUCAUUUAACUGUUCAUCUCAUAGAGGAAGCAAAACUUGGAGGCCCAGUGCAUUAUCGAUAUAUGUAUCCAGUGGAGAGGGAAUUAGGUCACUUAAAAUCUUUUGUGCGAAAUAAGGCACAACCUGAAGGAUCCAUAGCUGAGGGGUAUUUAGCUGAAGAGUCCCUUACCUUUUGUUCUCGGUACAUUGAAGAUAUUGAGACAAGGUUCAAUAAACCUAAACGUGUUUGUGAUGAUCCAAUUGAUAAUGAGACUUCUUUUAUGUCUUCUAUCUUCCCACAAAUUGGUAUACCAGUAGGAGCUUGCUCAAUGUUCACUUUAACUCCAAUGCAAAAAUUGCAAGCUCAUCGGUAUAUGCUCCUCAAUUGCACAAUAGUUCUUAAACUGUAUCGCUCUUGUGAAGGAUCAGGAAAAGCCGCUCUUGAGGUGUUGCUGGUUUUGGGUGCUGCUGGAGGUGCAGCAUAA